AGGGAUCACUCGUCCAUUGAUUCGAUAAGGAAAUUGAUAUCCCCACGAAGCGAACCGUGGGCCCGGGCUAUGUAAACCCCUCGAAACGCGACUAUGCCACGUAUUAUACCAAAAUAACCACCAUAACUAACGAGUCAUAGGCUGUCCACUUCCCUUGUGCGCAUCACUUCAAGAGAUGGCUCCAGCGAAAAAGUUCUGCUUUCCCAUCCCGGCGGUGUUGGAGAGCGAGCGCGUCAAAUUGGUGCCUUUCAAUCUCGCUGUUCACACGAAGCUAUUAAUCACAUCCUGCUCUGAUGUCAGCCUCUACGAUUUCAUCCCCAUAGGUCCGUACAAGGAUCAAGAAGAAUUUAUUGCCUCUUUCCGGAACGAGAAGGUGGAAGAUAAUAAUGGGAUGGCUAUGUUUGCGGUGUAUGACAAAACCAAAAUCAAGGAGGAGGAGGGGUAUGCAGGACUCGUCGGCUACGUGAACUCGUCAGCCCAAGAUCUAGUCACGGAAAUCUUCGUGAUCAUCGCUCCAGCAUUCCAGAGGACACAUGUAACGUCCAACGCUAUCGGGAUCCUCUUGAAAUACGCACUUGAUCUUCCUGAGGAUGGCGGCCUCGGCUUGCGGAGAGUGGUUUGGCAGGCCAGUGCAGCCAAUACCGCUAGUAUCAGGACGGCGGAGAGGAUGGGAUUCCAGCAGGAGGGGGUUCUGAGGUGGCAUAAAGCGUGGCCUGAGUCCAAGUCCCGUGGUGCGAAUGGGACUCGUGUGAGAAAGGGAGAUCCUAGGGAGGAUGUGUUUCCGUUGGGACGGGAUACGGUGGUUUUGAGUAUAUGUUGGGAUGAUUGGGAGGGUGGGGUGCGAGCACAUGUUGAGGCGACGAUGGCGCGAACAAAAUAAGUAGCCAUUCCCGUCAGUGCCAAUUCGGACCAACUGGAGACGAGACCGUCAUCCAGCGCCGCCCGCAAG